AUGGAUGACAAAAGCGAUAGCUUGUUCAGAGAACUCGAGGAACGUUAUUGCCCACCCCUCGACCAGGCCUUGUUUACGGCUAUCGUUUGCGACUAUGACCUUGCCGACUCGACUCAGAUUCAGCAACUUCGCGAUACCCUAGACGCUUUAAAGUUGUCUGCGUGGGAGCAGGAGGAUCUGCCUUUCGAUCCAUCCGGCACCAGCGGCUUGAGCGCAGCCAAUGGUUUGGAUGCGGACGGGAUACCCUCAGAUCGCAGUGUGUCGCAAAACGAUACUCUACCCUCACGCGAAACAGACGUGACCAGUUUUGCGUCGGACUUUUCCUCUGUUAGUCUGAGUGAAAAAGGGUCGAAAGCCAAUAAGAUAGACCGAUCCAGACUGUUUGAACGCGGUGCGUACACAAUUGGUGGAGAUGGUGUUCUGCGUCUGUCCGGGGCGACUCAGGAAGAUAAAAUCGAGUAUUUAGCAGAGAUGUUCCCUUCGGCCGAUUAUUUAACCAUCCAACACACGUUGAAAAAGUCUGGUGGAGAUGUUGAUCGUUCAAUGGAUGUCUUGCUCAACCUGGCCUUUUUCGAUGAACAAACCCCAAACGAAAAUAGCACCAAGGUUGCUAUUCCUAAAGGUGUUGAUGGUUUUGAGGACGGAUUGGACGGAGAGAUCUCGCGCAAAAAGGUUCGCAAACGUAAAGGGAAACCCAAAACCAACCGUAGUCAAGAAAUGUCUUCUUUGGACUCUGAUGGCUUUCACGCUUCGUGCGAUGGAAUCCGUGCCGUCAAUAAAUGGGAUGCAGCCCAAAAGGAUGUCGAAUUUGUUCAUUCUCGGACAUCACCCAUCUUGAAAAAGGAAGCAGUGAAAUCGGCAUAUCAUGCUAAUGGAGCGUCGUUACCAGCCACCAUCCGGUUUCUCGCUGGGGCUCAUGCUCCGGCGAAGGAGGAAGACAUCAGUCAAGACCCAGUCGCAUUUGCGCAAGUGGCCGAACUAACCCAGCAGUUCCCCUCUAUAGCGUCCACGACGUUUGCCGGACUUCUGAAGAUAACGAGAAGUUCAGUUUCGGCCGCUGGUGAACUAGCAGCGGCGAUGGUGGCUGCACCAGUCACCCCGGUCGUUUCUGAGCUAAUCAAAUUCACCACCUCACCGCCUCCUCUCGAGCUGGAUGACGAAACGCCCAAGCGAUGGACAGCUGCAUCACGAAUCGCCCGUGACUAUAACGCGGCGCGGGACUCAGCCGGAAUCCAUUUCGCAGCCGGCGCAGAGGCCCUGUCUAAAGCGGGCGUGGCGUACAGACGCGGCAAGUCUGAUCGACUGAUGGGCGGCGCGGCUGCUUACUAUUCCGCCGUGGGACGAGACCAUCUGGAGCGGGCGAAGCGCAAUGCUGCAGAUGCUGCGGACGCGCUGGUCGACUCUCAGUCGACCUCCAACAUGCUAGAUUUACACGGAGUCUCGGUCCAGGAUGCAGUGCGCAUCGCCAGCGAACGGGUCUCGGAUUGGUGGGAGUCCCUGGGUGAUGGCAAGUAUAUGCGAGGAAACGGCGACCCAAUCCGAGGAGGCUAUCGCAUCGUCACUGGAGUUGGACGCCAUAGUCAUGAUGGUACUUCACGUUUGGGACCAGCCGUGGGUAAGAUGCUGGCUCGUGAAGGGUGGAGAGUGGAAAUUGGUGAAGGCGUAUUGACAGUCACGGGUGUGAUCCGACGUCGUUAG